AUGUAUCUCCGAGCCGUCCACGCAGAGAAUUCGAUCAAGGCUCUGUUGGAGUUCAUCAAGGAAAAUCCUCUGGGUGUCCUCACCACCGCUAUUUCCUCAUCCUCCUACCCGUUCCUCCAAUCCAGCCACAUCCCCUGGGUUCUGGAUACAUACAGCGAUGACCCCGACGUACCUGUAAAAGGCCGAUUGCGCGGCCACAUGGCGCGCCAAAACCCGCACUCCAAAGCCUUGAUGGAAGCCUGCGCCGCUUCGUCCACCGGCAAACUCCAGCAGGACGUGAUGAUACUCUUCACGGCGCAGCAUCAUCACUAUGUGACGCCCAAGUUCUAUACCGAGACGAAACCCGCCACGGGGAAAGUCGUGCCGACCUGGAACUACGCUGCGGCGCAGGUCUACGGCAAGGCGACGAUCUACUAUGACUCGGCUGCGGCAGAGACGUCUUCGUACCUUCAGCAGCAGAUUCAUGAUUUGUCGGAGAUGUGCGAGACUUCGAUGAUGGGUCAUACGGGUCAAGAAGGGAAGCCCGGGCCGUGGAAGGUGGCUGAUGCGCCGGAGCGGUAUAUUGAUAUCAUGACGAAGAAUAUUAUUGGCAUCGAGGUGUCGAUUGAGAGUAUUGGGGGCAAGUUUAAGAUGUCACAGGAAAUGGGAAAUGGUGAUCGUCAGGGCAUUAUUGAGGGCUUCGAUAAUCUGAACUCGGAUGUUGGGACGCAUAUUUCGGAGCUGGUGAAGGAGCGUGGGGAGAUGAAAGAUGCUCCCAAGGAUAAAUCAUGA